UAAAAGGCUACAAUUUAGGUAUGUUUGAUGUGGCUUCCAAAACAGCUCUGCGACACCGUUUGGAUCACGUUCUUGUCAGCGAGCGUUGGCUAGAGCGUUGGAGUUAGAAAUUGUAUAAUGGCACCUUCAAAUUCAAAACUGUUCAUAUGUUUUGUGCUUUUAAGUAUUUYUCUUCACGUUUCGGGUGAUUGCAAAGCCGGACCAUGUUUUCCUUGGCCCAAGGAGAUAAAAAGCAAAUUCGAAGUGAAAGCGAACUCUACUUGUGGUGUAGAUGGCCCAGAGAACUACUGCACUCCAACUGAUCAAAGUUGUAAUACAAUUUGUAAUGCAGAACAACCAAACUUGAGACAUCCUCCAUCUUAUGUGAACGAUGCCUUAACGCCAGUUACAUUCUGGAAAUCGAAGAAUGCAGUAGAGCGGCCUGUUUAUUUACAAAUGGACUUCAACUCUACAUUCAUGAUCUAUGUGGCUGCAGUGAAGUUUUUUUUCGAAUUACCGGCAGCCGCUUACUUAGCUAAGUCUGUGGACUAUGGGAAAUCGUUCCAGCCUUUAGCUUAUUUUGCUACGGAUUGUAUGAAAUUUUUUGGUUUGUCCACAACCGCCUACAAUAAAAAGAAUGGGCUUACGGUAGAAUGCUUCCUAAUCGACAAGCAGCUAAUGAGCGCAAAGCAGAUUGAUUAUCUCCCUAUGCAAGACCGUAUAGCAUCAGAUGGAGUCAAAACGAGUCAACAAAAUCAAUCAUUUUUUCUAAUGACAAACCUACGUCUGAUGUUAGUCAGCUACGUCACUCCAGAACGAUUUAACAUAUCAACGGCAACAGAAAAUCUUAAGAGAGGUUUGUCAUUCUCAGUUGAGGACUGGAGCAUUCAGGCAGCUUGUUAUUGCAGCGGACAAGCAUCAACAUGCCAGAAUGAUACUCACUGUGUAUGUGAGAGAAACACGGCUGGAAGAAACUGUGAGAAAUGUUUGCCUCUCUUCCAUAACAGACCCUAUGAAAUAUGGAAAGCAUGUCAAGCAUGUGGAUGUAAUCUUAACGGUGUACCCAACGUAUGGAAUCGUACACACUGCCACCCCACAACAGGACAGUGCCACUGUAAACAAAGAGUACAUGGAAGAGCAUGUGAUACAUGCAAACCAACAUUUUGGAAUCUAAAGGAUUCCAAUUUACUUGGCUGUGAAGAGCCAAAGACAAUUGUUACCAAAAAAGACAAACAAAACAAUAGUGGGACUAAGAGUUAGUUUGCUAAUCUAAAUGAGCGAGAUUUUUGAAGACAGAGCAUCCAAAAUACUAAGAUAAACGAUAACUGCUGUGUUUCUUCUUUUAAGGUAAGUAUUUUUUCAGAUUUCAAACAGAUAUUUUUUCUUCUUAAAAUUGAUAAAUAAACUUCCGUACCACCUGACAAUAUUGUUUUUUACGCUAGAGACAGGAUGGCUAGACUUACGACAAGAAGACCCACCUAGUAGGUUUCUGCUACGGCAUCGAAAGAUAACUAAAAUCAGCCACAGUUCUCAGAGAAAUCAGCAAGAUGUCAACAAAAUUGAGCAAAACAGCAAUACAGCUGCUAGAUCAAAAACCAUGUCUAAGAUGACUUAGCUGUACCAUCCAUACUCAUUGCAUACUCAUGCAGUCUUGGCGUAUUAAAAAAAAAUAUAAAAAAUAAACGGAGUGUCCGAACUAAACGUCAGGCAGUCGAAUUUUAAGC